GCAGAGGUCAAACAACGCCAACCGCAGCCAUCCAUCAUCAUUCAUAGUCGUACAGUACCUUCCAAGUCUCUCUGUGAUAAGGAAGAGCUACAUGCGUAGUAAACGAGAGAGACCGCUGAGGUAACGAGAACAUGGAGAAAGAAGGAGCUUCUGCUGCAGAGGCACCAGCCGCCACCAAUACUACUGCCGAGGAGUCAAUUCCGGUGGCAAAACCCGACAAUGCCGAGACGUCCAUCCAUAAGGAAGAUCCAGUAGUACAUGUACCAGUGUCCACCACUAAUAAUAAUAAUACGAAGAGGCAACGACCCAAGCGGAUCCGCAAACGACCGAGAUCCGAAAUUCACUCGAACGACAAUCUGAAAAUUGACACCACCGUGAAACGAUUGGAAGUCAACGGGCAACCCUUGUUGGGUGUGGAUGGCGCAACGGAGCAAUUCAUUCGAGUGAUCCAUCCAUACGCGUAUACGUUUUCGUCCUUUGCCAAGCAACGAUGGAUCGGAAGAACUGUGUUGGAUAUUUAUGUGACAGAGUUUGGAAGUUAUCCAGAGAGUUACUACAAAGCAGCAAUCCGCCAAGGCCGUAUCCUGGUUUCCGACAACAAAGUGGAUCUUUCCUACAAAAUUCAGGGCAAGGAUGUUUUGACACACAUUGUGCAUCGUCAUGAGCCAGCUGUUGCCGUCUGCCACGAAGGACCGUCGUCCACCUGUCAAGAUGAGAAGAACUCAUUACAACCGGCCACCAACAGCAACGGCAAAGCAUUGAUCAAAGUCGUGGAUGAAACUGACGACUUGAUCAUCUUGGAUAAGCCCGGGACUCUCCCCAUUCAUCCCUGUGGAGGCUAUCACCGCAACUCCUUGACCAGUAUACUGGAAGGACAAAGAAGAACCAAGUAUUUCAACAUUCAUCGUCUCGAUCGGCUCACCAGCGGACUCGUGAUUCUGGCCAAGUCCUCGGAAGUGGCCAAACAAUGGAGCCAAUGCAUACGACAACGAGACUGUCAAAAGUACUACCUAGCACGUGUGCACGGGAGGUUUCCCAUGAACAACUUGCGUGUCGAUCGCAUUCACGCCAGCAAUGAACCCGGUGCCGUGCCAACGGAUGGAGAAUGGUCCAAUGUCGAAGAUCCCGAGGAAGAAGAUCCAUUGGAUGUGGCCAAGGAACGGAAUGCUCAUGGGUACUGGAUGACGGAUUUGGCCGAAGAGAAUGUGUUGGGGAAUGUGACCAUUGAGCAGUUUGCCAAAUUGGAGAAUCCGAAUGUGGACCAGUGCUUGCAACAAGUCGACACAAUUCGCAAUAACAGUAAAGAUGAAAGUGGCAAACCACAAUCCAACAUGCUCUGGUUGCACCUGGCGUGUCCCACUCGGAUCUCGCAGCCCAAAAAUGGGGUGUGCGAAGCGGGGGCAUUUGAGGAGUUGGAGGGAGACGUCUACCUCAAGACGGUCAAACCAGCGCAAACAUCCUUUGCGGUGAUCAAGUACGACCCGAAAACAGAUUCUACCUUGGUUCUCUGUCGACCCAUAACUGGCAGAACACAUCAAAUUCGACUUCAUCUUCAACAUCUUGGUCAUGCCAUUGCAAACGACCCCAACUACGGUGGGGACAUGUUCUUUGGAAAUGAGGCUGGCAAGGAUGCUUGUGCCAAAGCCCGCGUUGCUUUGGGCUAUGACGGUGAUAGCGAGGGAGAACAUCACAAGACGCCCAUUGAUUUGAACACUUCUGAUGUGCCUGCAACGGAGCAAGAGAUUGGUCAGCUGUCAAAGGUAGAGCAAAAGGAUGAUGAACCCGUCGAGAAUUUUAUCAAAAGAGCCUGCGUUUGGUGUGCCCGUUGUCAGGGCCGCGACAUUGUGGAACACAACAUGCUAGAGUUCCUGAUUCGAAGCCAGGGGAUUUGGCUACAUGCUUUGCAGUACUGUAUUGGACACGAAGGCAAACGAUGCAGUUAUCGCACAGGCUUACCCACCUGGGCUAACAUGUGAGAGGGCGUCAGGAUGCUUUGUAGUUAAAGUGAUCAUGUCUACCAAUGUUAGAAGGUUCAGAAGGUUGGGUCAAUCCAGGGUUUCUACAGAUAUUGGCACGAGGGGAGCUCUUCGGCACUGUCAGUAGGUUUACAUUGUUCUUUGUUUUCAUUUUGUCGCAACAAGUGUGAGUGUUGCGGAACGGUCUUGGCUUAAACUGUGAAGAGUCAUUAGAACGAGAUCUGGGAUCCCCAAAACUCUGUCCCCGAAGAAAGGCAGACCAUUGGCAGUGUCUCGUUCCACCAGAUAGUCUCUCCAACCAUCUCGCAGCUUGGUGUUGAGGACACCACCGAAGCCAUAGCCAGGAAUGAUGCGCGCUAUUCUGGCACCAACCACGGCACCAUAGCCAUUCACAAGACAGUGAUAGCGUUCGAGCACCUGGUGCUUCCAGGGCAUGUCUUGCAUGGGACGGUUGAAAAGAUCCAGCCCCAACAGAUGCAAGGGCCCAGCCACCAACUGAGUCGCAAUGGGGACACAGAGUUGACUGAUGUCCCGAUUUCUCUGCUCGUCUUCGAAAGGCAGCUGUUGGGCCACCAUGUCGGGAAGGACAAAUGACGAACCAACACCAAUCAGAUCACGGGUCAUCCAAAGUCCAUAGGAUGCCACGGGGACUUGGCGGGCAAGUCCAGUGGUGGUUGCAGCAUUGGCGGCGAACAUCUGAGCAAAGGCACGAUCUUUCAGGAUGGAAGCACUGCUGUUGGUUACGGAAGUGCCCAAGAAGAUUGCCGCCUUACCGAGGGAGGACGAAUCAUCUCGUUUUCUUGAUGAUUUUUGUUCCUGGUGCUCUACCAAUGUCUUGAGGCCAUUGGCAACAGAAUAUGUUGUUGCAUAAACAGCCCACACGUAUAAAAAGGCAGGGCUCUUGACAAAUGCGAUUGGACUGGUUACCAUUUUCUGCAGUGAUUGCAUUCCUGAGCGAAAGAUUGUGUUGGUUCCUGAUGCCCUUUGUGUGAUAGCUUGGUCUACAAUUGUCAAGAAAGGAGCAACCAUGAAAGUUACUCCAGUACCAAUCACAGCGUCCCCUGCGAGUUUCAGCCCCAAGUUCGAUGGACGUGUGCCAUGAGUCAAAGUGCUGGAUUCGUCUCCAGUGGGCGGCCCGGUUAGAAUUGCUGUGCAGUAUCGAGCCUUGCUCUCUGAGGAGAAGACCAAUGGUUGCUUUGUUGGGUUCUCCAUGGUAGGAUUCAUUUUGCUGGCAGAGUGUAGAGAGGCAGUGGCACACAGAUAUCGAUAGCAGGAAGUCUGCUAUCAAAGAAAUUGUGAGGGCUUCCGUCUUGCAUGACUGACACAACACCGCUUCCGUACAUACGACUCCCAAGGUCGCCAUACGACCAGCGAAGCGGAGUUGCCGCCGAUCAAUGACGUGGCAACAUCCGCGAGAAAAGGUCUCGGAAGUGGAUGAUCCAUGGUUUUCUUUGAGUGAUGGGGACGU